AUGGACGACGAUGAAGGUGACGAUGACGAUGAUAAGGAUGACGAGGACGAUGAGGACGAGGGGGAUGCCGAAGAGCUAGGUGGAGCAGAGGAGAACGGCACCGGCAGCGCUGAUGGCGCAAACGACGCUUCUUUGAGUUUUGAGGACGUGGGUGAGGUGUCUAAUGCGCAAACAGCUGGCGCUAACGUCGGUGGCGAGUCGACCAAUGACGAGUUGUAGUAGGCGUUGCGCAACUGCGUGAUUUCUGCUCUGCCAACCAUACAUCAACGGUUUUUUACGUCUACCGCACUACUAAAUUAUCAUUGACGUUUUAACGGGACAAAAAA